AACUGGCUUCCUGGACACCGGGUUUAGCAUCCUGCCUUUGGACAUGUGUUCUUGUCUUAUUUAGUGAAUUAAUGAUACGUUUGGGAUGACCAUGGGACAAAGGAAGCUCGUGCCAGGAAAGGCGAGAGGAUAUGUGGUCGGAUUCAUGGUGGUGUUUUGUAUGUGGAGCGCUGCGUCAGCGCAGUUAAGAUAUUCAGUCUCCGAGGAGGUUAAUGCAGGAACUGCUGUUGGAAAUAUCGCGAAGGACCUGGGACUGGAUAAAAACACUCUAAAGGACAGGAAAUAUCGAAUAGUUUCGAGCGAUGCCGAGCCACUUUUCAACGUGAAUCCAAAUGACGGAUUCCUUUACGUGAACCGGAUUGUAGACAGAGAAAAGGUGUGCGCGCAGAGCAGUGCGUGCUUAAUCAAUUUAAAAACGGUGCUGGAAAACCCGCUAGAAGUGCACUACGUUAGGGUGGAGGUGCUGGAUGUAAAUGAUCACGCUCCCAGCUUCCAGGAGAAUGAAACCACGCUGGAGAUUUCAGAGUCUGUGAUGCCUGGCGCACGAAUUCAGCUUAAAGCCGCACGGGAUCCAGACAGUGGUCCAUUCUCUGUGCAGCAAUAUACACUGAGCCAAAACGAUCACUUUCGUUUGGAAAUCAAAGACAAAGGUGAUGAUGGUAAAAUUCCUAUUUUAAUUGUUCAAAAAUCUUUAGACAGAGAAACAGCAAAAAACCACUCACUGAUCAUCACAGCUGUAGAUGGAGGCAAGCGACCAAAAUCGGGUAAUAUGCAUAUUUUGAUAAAUGUGCUAGACACAAAUGAUAACGCACCUAUUUUUUCUGAAGAUGAUUAUACAGUGAUGCUGAAGGAAAAUUCUCCAAUAGGAACAACAGUGAUAAUGGUGAAUGCAACAGACCUAGAUGAUGGCCCAAACGGAGAACUAACAUAUUCAAUUAGCAACAGUGUCAAUCAAAAUCUGUUAAACCUAUUCGAAAUAAACUCUGCAACUGGAGAAAUAUUUGUAAAAGAACUGAUAGACUUUGAGGAAAAGGACAAAUAUGAAAUUGAAAUCCAAGCUAUGGAUAAAGGUGUUGCACCUCUUACAACUGAAAAAAGCGUGAUCAUUAAAAUAGUUGACGUAAAUGAUAACGCUCCUGAGAUUGAAGUGACUUCAUUUUCCAGUUCCAUUCCUGAAGAUGCUAAACCAGGAACUACAGUCGCUCUGAUCAGUGUUCAUGACCUGGACUCUGGUCUGAAUGGCAAAGUUAUUUGCUCAUUAAGUGAGGAUGUACCAUUUUCAUUAUUGCCAUCUUUACAAGAAAAAAUGUUUUCUUUAGUUACUAAAUCCCAUCUGGAUAGAGAAAAAUAUUCAUAUUAUAAUAUGAAAAUAGUUGCAAAAGAUGAAGGUGAUCAUCCAUUAUCAUCAGAAAAGACGAUCAGUGUGGUGGUGUCAGACGUAAAUGACAACAGACCAGAGUUUUUAAUGAGCCCAUAUACUUUUUAUAUCACAGAGAACAACAAUCCCGGAGAUUCAGUGUUUUCUGUUAAAGCGUCUGAUCAAGAUGAAAAUGAGAAUGCUCAUAUUUCAUAUCUUAUUAAAAGAGAUGGAAGUGAGGAGAGAACAGCCUCAUUCUUAAACAUAAACUCAGAGACUGGAGACAUUGUUGUGAUGAAAAGUUUUGACUUUGAGAGUCUGAAAACUUUCCAGUUCCAAGUUGUGGCCACAGAUUCUGGA